AGAAAAAAAAUUAUUUAUUUAUUUUUUAAACGCGUCUAUCAAAAAAUAAACAAAAAGGGGGAGGGGGAAAGUGAAUUUUAUUGUUAUGGAUGCAUGACAACCUAUUGCAGUGACAAUAUGUUAGCAACUAUGUUUAUGCGAUACACCAUAGAUUAUAAAUAAAGAGAGUCUCGGUACUUUAAUUUUUCUCUCUAUUUUUUUCUUUUUUUUUUUUCUCAAUUAUCAUGAGAUCUCAUUCAAGGUUAUCCGAUAGUGAUUCAAGCACUUCAAUAGCCUUUUCUGAUGACGAAUCAGAAGGACCGACACAACCUAAUUCGAAUUCUCAGUUAUUUGCCAAGUUUGUACGAGACACUCGUUCCAGAGUAGAACAAAAGACAUCUGAAAUCAACGCAACCAUGCAAGAGAAAUUGCCCGAAUGGAAACAACGAGGUGCCAUGUAUUCCACAAAGGCAAAAGAAACGAGUAUUGAAUGGAGCAGACGAGGCAAAGAAGCAGUGGAUCGAUGGAAAAAAGAAAGACAAGAGGUAGGGAAAGAAAAUGCAGUGUUUGGUAUGCCAUUAGAAAUAGCAGUCGCAUUAACUCGGGUUGAUACGGAUGAUUUGAUACCUGCUAUUGUCAGACGAUGUAUAGAUUAUCUGAAUGAUGUAGGCAUACAUGAAGUAGGCAUCUAUCGAAUUCCAGGCAGUACAACUACAGUCAACAAAUUAAGAGCCGUGUUUAAUGAUGGAUCUGACAUCGAUUUCUUCCAGACACAGCCAGAUCCACAUGCAGUAGGCACUUUGUUGAAAAUGUAUUUGCGAGAAUUACCAGAACCUAUCAUCCCUCAUGAACUAGUAGAUGAAUAUGAGCUUCAAUGUACAAUGGAUACCCCACAAGCCUAUGCCAAUAUACGUUUGAUCAACAGUCGAUUACCCUUACAUCAUUUCUGUCUUUUACAGCGCUUAUGUCAGCAUUUAAAGCGUGUGGUUGAUCAUGCCUAUGAAAAUCGCAUGUCAGUCUCCAAUUUGGCUGUCAUUUUCUUACCGACACUCAAUAUGAGCCGUGCCUUAUUUCAUGGCAUGAUUGAACACUAUGAAGAUAUCUUUGUCAAAAAACCACCACCACUCCCUCAGAAGCCACGUAAUCUCUCAAUUGACAAUACACCCUCCAAGCGUAUUUUGCAUUCCAAGACCAUGUCAGAUACACAUCUGAUGAAAAAAGUACCACCUCCAAAGCCAAGUCGAUCCCCUUUAAAACCAGAUCAACCUCAUUUACCUCCUCGACCUAUCAGCAAACCAAGAUCGAAAUCUGUUUCUCUAUCAGAUCCACCCAGAGGCCGUGUAGAAGCUAUUGGGAAACAGUUUGAAACGCUUAUGCAACAUCAAAAGUAAGUUGCCAUCUUACCUCAUCUAGUUUCCCUCUAUCUCCUGGUUUAAAAUUGAAAACAAUGUUGUAUAAACUAAUUUUUAUGAUUAAAAAAAAAAGACUUCAAAGAAAAAAA